AUGAAGCUCUUCCUCGCUGCUCCCCUCCUCCUCACCUCCGUCCUCGCUGUCCCCCAGCAGGACGACGACAACAGCCUCGGCGACAGCAUCGGCGACAUCAUUGACGACGUCUCCGAUUCCGUCGGCGACGUCGGCACCGCCGCUGAAACAAUUUUCGACUCGGUCACCGACUCCUUCGGCUCCCUCCCCACCGACGUCUCCUCCUGGGCCUCCGAGGUCUUCGAGGACGCCUCCACCUGGGCCACCGGCGCCUCCUCGGACAUCGAGUCCGCCCUGUCUUCCAUUGCCUCCGAGGGCGAGUCGCUCUUCUCGACCGCCUCGGGCGAAAUCACCUCCGCCAUCGACGACCUCUCUUCGUCGCUGGACGACAUUACCGCUACACCCACAACCACUGCUGUUGAGACAACCACCACCGGUGCCGAUGGCUCGGAGACUGUCACCACGACCAAUGUGACGCAGACUCCUUCGCCCACGGCUGAUGACAACAACGACGAUGCCAGCGAGACGACGGAUUCCGAUGAUGGGGCUGCGUAUGCUACGCCGUUUAUGGGUGUUGCUGGUAUCGUCGGUGUGAUUGGUGUUGUUGCUGCUCUGUAG